AUGUCACUCUCAUUCCGUGGGUUCGCAAUGGAAGGGCCGGUCACUCGACACACGCGCGUAAACGACGAGCAUCCAGCAGUACCGUCAAGGCUGAAUCCCUCCAAGUCCGGUUCUCGGUUUGUCCCCCCUCAUUCGGCUAAAGCAUCCUUGCAGCGCGAGUGCAGCCAAUCGUUCGACACCGUCAAGGCCUUCUGCCUCCCGCUUCCUUUCAUCUUCCUCUGCUGCACUGCAUCGUCGUCGCCGCAUUGCGAGCUGCACCGGUGCCGCUUUCAUUUCGCCCGUCUGCCAACUCAUCUUGAGCUGCUACGCUCCUCUCGUACUGUGCCUUGUGUUCCGUCGUAG